UACGUAUAUGUACAUGUCGGCCCCUCCCACCUCUCGCGCCUCGGUUUCCCAGACGACACCGGUUCUUGCUCGUCCGCCAUAUUGCCUUCGCCUGAACGCGCUGGUCUGCCUGGAUCGGCUCGUUUACCCACAGCUGGAAAUAUUUGCAGUCAUGACUCAGACAGUCCAGACCAAUGGGGUUCAGCCCCUCAGUAAGACCUGGGAACUGAGUCUGUACGAGUUACAGAGAACUCCACAGGAAGCUAUAACGGACGGACUGGAGAUCGCCGUCUCACCACGGUCCUUGCACAGCGAGCUAAUGUGUCCCAUCUGUUUGGACAUGCUGAAGAACACGAUGACAACGAAAGAAUGUCUGCAUCGCUUCUGCGCCGACUGCAUCAUCACAGCUUUGAGAUCUGGUAACAAAGAGUGUCCUACCUGUCGUAAGAAGCUGGUGUCAAAGAGGUCGCUGCGCCCGGAUCCCAAUUUUGAUGCUCUGAUUAGUAAAAUUUAUCCCAGCCGUGACGAGUACGAAGCGCACCAGGAGAGAGUGUUGGCCCGUAUUAGCAAACACAACAACCAGCAAGCCCUGUCCCACAGCAUAGAGGAGGGGCUGAAGAUACAGGCGAUGACCAGACUGCAGCGUGGGAAAAGACACACUGUGGAAAACGGUAGUGGAGCUGAAGACAACGGCGACUCCUCCCACUGUAGCAACGCUUCUGUCCACAGUAAUCAGGAAGCAGGCCCGAGCAUCAAACGCACCAAGACGAGCGAUGACAGUGGUUUGGACAUGGACAAUUCUGCUGAGAAUGGUGGUGGGGACUCUGCGAUUGAUGGCGGUGCGAGUGAAAUAGAGCUGGUGUUUAGGCCACACCCCACCCUGAUGGAGAAAGAAGACGGUCACAACAGCAUGGAGUUCGUGCCUCGCUACAUCAAGACGUCCGGUAACGCCACAGUGGACCACCUGUCCAAAUACCUGGCUGUGCGCUUGGCUCUGGAGGAGCUGAGGAGAAACGCUGAGGCCAGUCCUGUCAAUGUGGAGGCAGCGUCAGAGAAGCAGUACACCAUCUACAUACCCACAGCUGGGAACCAGUUCACUGUCCUCAAUGGUUCCUUCUCUCUGGAGCUGGUCAGCGAAAAGUACUGGAAGGUGAACAAACCUAUGGAGCUCUACUUUGCCCCAACUAAAGAACACAAGUAGACACAUUCAGUAUACAAAGCACACACACACACACACACACACACACACACACACGCAUGCACACUCAAAAAAACACAUGCACACUCAGCAGUAGGAAGUAAACAGAUGGACUUGGCUUCAUGUGCGCGUGCAUGCACACGCACACAUACAUACGGAAACAAGAAGAGAGAGUGUGAGUGAGCGUGUGUGUGUCUGAAGGAGAUUGAGGGUGUUUGUGAAGACCCUCAAAAAGGACUCUUGUACAAAGUAAAACAAAAAACUAACAAAAAAAAACAACUUGUUUUAUAUCCUCUGUAUCUUUGUGUCCCUUUCUAUCUUUCUCAGUAGAAGGUAGCAGGUCAGUGCAGCAGCGCGCAGGUCACUCACACAAACAGAAACCUGCUGCUAACAGUCGCUUUAGAUUUCCUCUGCAACUCCACUCACAGUCUCACUUCACCGUACGCUGUUGUUGUUGUUAUACUGUGUUAUUAGUCUUGGAACGGUGUCCCCCUCCUUAUACUGUGUUAACGAUGACGAUGUUAAAGACGGCGCCAACAACAGGUCAUUUAGAGACUACACAGGAGUCACAUAACUGCUUGAAAAAAUGUGAAAAUAAUAUUGUAAAUACCCCCUGAUGUACACACAUUCUAUUCAGCCACACUUGCUUGUGAAGAAUCUGACAUGACGGGAAAGUUCUAUAGUAACCUCUUAUGUCAAGUAAUAAUUGACGGCUUCAAUUUGAAAUGCCGCACUGAAAUAUUUGCAUGUGAUUUAAGUUCUCUGACAUUUUUUUUGAGAGAUUUUUGCAAUUUUCUGUCUCUGAAAUUUGGUGUCACGUCUGCUCUCACAGUUCCUCUUUGUUGCCCUUAAACCUUUUCAUAAUAAACAUCAGUGUCAGAAUUUCACCUGUCGGGCCUUUAAAUCCAAAUUGAACCCCCUUGAAAAUGACUCGUUUGCUCUCAAUUCAGUUUGUUUUCCUCGAUGGCGGACAUUAUUAUUAUUGCUUUUAUUAUGUUUCAGCAAGAACAGCACAGGCGUCACUGAUGAAAAAGAAAAAAGUGAGUUUGGAUGUAGCCUCAUUAUGCCAUCAAAUGUGUCCUGAAGUGAAACUCCCUCUGGAUGUUUUUGAAGAUAAAGCUGCAUUCAGGACAUAUUUGGGCGUGUGUGUGUGCGUGUGUGUCAACACCUAAAUUGGAAGUCGAACGAUCACUCAAGCACGAUGCAAACACUGCGUUCUAUUUACUUUGAAAAUUGUGACUGACUGUCACCCGACCGGAUCCUGAACUUGGAGUGAUUUACAACCUCGCAUAAAGAGUUUAUGACGUUUGUCAAAUGUUAGUCAAAGACUGGGUCUGGACCCACGGAUGGGUCAUGGGAGAUUUUUUAUUUGGGUCCCAAACUGAUUUUGAUAAUUUUGUGUGUGGGUGUGUGUGUCUUUUAAAAAGUCAGUCUUAUGCGAAACAUACAAAAUGAACGUCUAUAUUUCAGUGCGACAUUCUUCUGUCAACAUACAGUGUGAUGUGGGCAGGGCACCUGUUUAACGUCAUGUAUAAAUAGCAGCUGGUUAAUUAUGCGCGUUGACACUGACCAGCAGCUCACGACCAUUCCGUUUGCAUCUGCAGUAGACUGUACUGACUGUAGCAGGUUUUUUUUUUUUUUUUGGUUUUAGUUUUGAUCAUUUGAUCAUUGUUGUUUUUUUAUCUUUCAAAUAAAAAAAAACAACAGAGAAAUUGUGACAGUUUGAACGGCUAACAAUGUUUAACUCGAUCGAAGCGCUGAGAGAGAGAGAGGGAGUUUGAGGCCUGGGGUGAACUUUUUUUCCGUGGAGAACCACCAACCGUUUUCCACACGUCGUUCCAUUCGUACAAAAGUGAGGGUCUAGUGCAGGCAUGUCCAAAGUCUGUCCCGCAGGCCAAUCUUUGCCCCUGGUCAGGUUUUGUACGGCCCCCAGAUUUGGUUUGACGCUUUUAAACCGGAGUCCUGUGCCGUGACAGGCAGAUGCAUCCAUCGAUCCUUUAUAAUGAAUUUUUUUUUUCACUCCUGUGUGGCUUAGAUUUGGUUACAUUGCCAUUUAAAAAUGCUAAUUGUGUCCAUUGGCCCCCAGAAAUCUUGGCCCUUAAAAAAGUUUGGACACCCCUGGUCUAGCAUUUUGCAUUCUUAUUCAAGCUCAUGCUCUGUGCCAUUAGUGCCCGAUUUAUUGCCAGGAGUAAUUUUAUUUUGGCUCCACAGGACACGCAUUUAAAAAAAGAUUCCGUAGUCUUCCGGGUCUAGGGCACCCAGGAAAUGAAAGUAUAGUGAAUAGCCACUAGGUGGCAUCACCGGCGGUUGCAAAUAGAUGAAACUAGUACGAAAUUUCAGUAACAUUGCACUCACCAAUCACGAUUCUUUAGGUUACAAAACGGGUGAAUUCACGACGAGUUGCCACUGCCGAAUCUCUUCGCAUAAUCUCAAGCAAGGUUGGUUUGUGCGCCACCACCUGGACAGGCCCAUAUGUUGUCACAAAAUAUAUAAGUGACUGCGGAAGGUUCCGCGUGCACAAACCUACGACUAUAGCAGAACUAUACAGACGUAGAAAGUACGACACAGGCCUAAUAACGAAGCCAGCUCAUUGGCGCCAGUGUGAACGCAAGCUAACACGAAGAAGACGUGAAAACCCUGGACUGUUGUUUGAUCUGUUGCCUGUAGGAACAAAGUAUCUAUAACCUGUUCUUUUUAUAAAUGUCUUUUGUAACAUGAAGAUGAAAGUGUGUAUGUGUAAGGGUGUCAGGGUGGGAAGGUACUUUUGCAGCAGGUUAGUUUUUUACAGUGUUCUCCAACCCAUAAUUUGAGACUAGCUCCCUCUGCUGUCAUGUAUAAUUUUUUUUACAACCAUCACAUCACGCGGGAACGUUUGCGUACGUUUAGUUUUUCUUUUGUUUCAGUAAGAACAAAAAAAACGUGAAGAGACUCGAUAAUCUUUGUGUUCUCCACGCACUGAGAGGGAUAAUUUAAGUGUGGUCAUGAUAGGUACUGACGUGUAUCAAAUCUUGAAAUAUCACAUCAUUUUAAUUGAAAAUAAGUGCAAUGAAAACAGACUCUGGAGAAAAGGAUGACUUAAUGAAAAUUGCGUCAAAAAAAGCGACACUGCUCCAGCUUUUCACAUUUCUCCGCACUGUUAAAACAAAAAAUAUAUAUUCUCAAUUCGGUGCAAGACACGGCAAUAACACUGUGGCGACACAAACUUUAAGUUUAGCGCCACUUACUGUUUUUUUCUGUCAACUUCUCUGAGCUAGCAUAAAUUUGCAUUUUUUUAAACCCGAUCUGUGAAAGUCUUUUGGGGAAAUAAUUUGUGAUACAUUUUAAUGGGAAAUUAGCUGAAUGCACCUGUGCGUGUCUUCGGCGACAAGAAUUGCUCGCUAAAAAUCGCCUUUGUAAUCUACAGUUAGUUUAGGUUUACAAUAUCUCAAGAAUAUGUUUGCGACUUUUUCUCAUCGUGUCUGGUAGCCAAAGUUUGUUGGGAAAUGUUUUGGUUUUUGUUUUUCUUACGGGAACACGAGAAUUACCCAAAUAUAUAUACUGCCGCCUUGUUUGCUAAGUUUCACGUGUUGGGGUUUCCCCGCACUCGUGACCAGUAUCGGUUGAUCGGCACAUUCCCUUAGUUUGAGCAUGAAGUUUAGAAGUUAGCAUGGGUGUCGUGGCGCAACGAGUUCAAGUGGAAAAAUGGAGGAGACGCAACGUGACCGCAGUACGGAAGUGAGUCGGUGGCAAAAUAAAAACUGAUCAGUUUAACAUGACGCGAUAAUUUUUUACAGUAUACGUAUAUUUGUAAGAAUAAUAAACUUAUCUAUAACGUGAUACGGAUCUGAUUGUGGCAUUAAUACGUGGCCUGGUUUUUCUCUGGUUAUACAAAGUUUUUUAAAAUUUGUGAAAAAGGUGGAAAACAGUUUUCUUUUUGUUACAUGUUCUUCAUGUGUAAGUCACCUUUUUUUUCAAAUAUGAGAUGUAACGAGCUCAGUGAUUCUGUUAGAAUAAUCUCACUGCUUUUAUGCUCUGGUUUUUGAGUUCGUAUUUGUGAUGCAGCUCUUUCCUAAACCCAGAAACCACCUGCUCUCUGUGAUCCACACUCAUUCAGGACUUAUUUCCACCAUUAAAUAAACGCUCAUGUUGGAUUUC